GGAUUCGCGCUUUUUCAUCAAAAUCGUUUGGCAUUGUUCGAUGGUGUCGUCUCAACGGUAGUCAGCUUUUUCUCUUUUUCACCUCUACUGAUAAUCUCGAGUUGUUAGGUAUAGAGUAGAGGAACAAAAAUAUAUAUACAGAAAAAAAAACAGCUCAACAGGAAAGACAAAUAAAAAUAUCAGAGGGAUAGAGGCAUAUAGUUAGAAACAAGGAGGACUCAAUAGGGGUGCACAAGAGGCAAAAGAAGUGGAGGAAAAAAAUAUAUAUAGAAGAAGGAGCAGGAAAAAAAUAUUCCCAACACAGUCACACGAUUCGUGGCCAGGCACACAAUCACGGUGAAAACGCGAAGGAGAGGAAGAUAUUGAGAAUUUUUCACCAAAUAGUUGAAUUCUUACCUCCGUUCUGAAUGCAUCCAUCUCCCUGGUUCUGUGCCAGCGUGCUCUUGUCAUCACCUACCCAGAGAAGUGCUUAACACUGACCAACGUAAUUGCUGAUCUCGCGCGCUCCCGCAAGACGCCACCACAAGAUUGGAUGCUGAGGCGAACAGGAGAAAAAGCUGCUGUGUAACCUUUCAUUUGAUUUAUGACACGACGUACAUCCAAUUAGAGUUCUUCUCACAGCACAACCCAAGCUCAAGAGCUUCCGUUUUACUCGUGCACCCAUGCCCAAUACCCGAGAUCACCUCAAAUGAAGUCAGUAUCCUGAUUGGGGCUCCUGAACUUACAUACUCAGGAGACCCCACCAACACCGGAAAUAACUCCCUCUCGUAAAAGAACAAAAAAAAAGUGCAAAACCGAACAAAGUGCUUAUAAAGUAAGCAAUUGUGCUCAAGGCAUAUUUUUGUGAAUGAUGUGUAAUUUAAUUAAUUGCUUGUUAAAACACUAAUCCGCGGAAAACUGCUGCUGCAAAAAAAAAUAAUUCGAUGCACCACAGAACCUGAAACAAGACGUGACCCGUGCAAAUGGCCAAUUACCAUAUAAAGUGCAUCGACUUGAGUUGAGUGAAAACUGAUGAUUUUGUAAGACAUUUUUCAUGCCAUGAUCAACCAAGUAAAAGGGGAGACAAUGUUAAGGGAAGCAUAAUUAAUCGGUGUGUGAGUCCUUCAAAGUGAUGCCAUCAACGUAUAAUUUAAUUAUUUAACAUUGCUAAAGAGGUGGGAAAGACCAUUAAAAAUCAAUUUUGAGCCCAUUGGCAAAUGACAAGAACGGACAAACGGAAGGAGUCAUGCUGAAGGAUCUCAUGUCACCAGAAUCCGCUUCGGCCGAAAAUACCUGUGCCGGCUGUGGAUUGUCCAUUAAGGACAGAUUCUACCUUUUGGCGGCAGAUCGUGCCUGGCAUGGACAGUGCCUUAGAUGCUGUCGUUGUUCUCAGCCCCUCGAUACAGAACUUAGCUGUUUCUGUCGCGGCGGGAAUAUUUACUGCAAGGAGGACUACUGUCGGAUCUUCUCCACAACACGCUGUGCCAAAUGCGGCGAUGGCCUCAGCUCAUCCGAACUGGUGAUGCGAGCCAGAGAGAUGGUCUUUCACGUCACCUGCUUCUCUUGCACCCUCUGUGGUGCACCUCUGAGUACUGGAGACACUGCCGCCAUCCGUGGUGGUCGGGUCUUCUGUGGAGAGCAUUAUGAUGUCGACAUUCUCCAUCUCGAGAGCAGUGAGCUCAAUCUCACCCCAUCGCCCCAAUUCUACUGUGGGAGUCCUCAGAAGGGCAGACCCAGGAAAAGGAAACCACCAGCGGUGCAGCCUCAAGAAACUCCUUCGGACAAUAUUGAGCAACAAACUCCUCUGAGAUUGGAGUUGAUCUCGUCGGAUGUUCAAAGUGGAUCCUUAGAUCUGUCCUAUGAUGGAAGUAGUCAUUCACCUGGCUCCGGUGGAUGCCUCACACCCCAGACGAGAACGAAACGUAUGCGAACUUCCUUUAAACAUCACCAAUUGCGAACAAUGAAAUCUUAUUUUGCAAUCAAUCAGAAUCCGGAUGCCAAAGACUUGAAGCAAUUGGCCCAGAAAACUGGACUCUCCAAACGUGUUUUGCAAGUUUGGUUUCAAAAUGCGAGAGCCAAGUGGAGAAGAAAUCUGAUGAGGCAAGAAACACAGCCACCGAUUCAAGGAUCAGGGAAAGGUUCAUCGACCAUGACGGGACUAACGGUCCCCGGAAAUACUCAAGGAGGCACAGGGGAGGGAAAUCCAACCUCAGCUUCAUCCCAUGCCCUCGAUGAGAUGCACCAAAUGACUUUUGCCGAACUCUACUGAAUAUGCCACAAUCUCUUCAGGGCACAUUUUUACAUAUUUGCAAAGAAUAGAGAGAAAGAUGAAAAAAAACUUGUAGAUUUCUUGAAUAUAUUGUGAUCAAAUAUAAUUUAUUAAUGAAA